CACAUACAUUGUUACCAAAAGUCUUAUCUUCAAAUAACUUGCCUAUUUCUAUAAAUUGACACAAUAUUAACAUUUGAGCAUUCCCAUAUUAAUUUCAAAUCAAAUCUCCCAAACCACACACCACCAACAUUAUGAGUGUAAAAGACUGCGGCCACCACCAUGACGAGCGAAAAAAAAUGGUGCGCCGCCUCAUCAUGGCGGUGGCCGCCCUAAUAAUCCUCUUAGCUAUGGUGGUAUUUCUAGUGUGGGCCAUACUACAACCACACAAACCCACUUUCAUCCUCCAAGACGUGACCCUAUACAACUUCACCACCACCACAGCCCCACCUUACAUCCUAACCACCGUUACACAACUCACCAUUUCCUCCAAAAACCCUAACGGAAGAAUCGGAAUCUACUACCAAAAACUUGACGUUUACGUCACCUACAGAGAACAGCAGAUAACGGCCGCCACACUCCUCCCUUACAGCUACCAAGGCCACCACGACGUUGCCGUUUGGUCGCCGUUAGUUUUCGGUAACGCCGUUCCGGUCUCUCCUUAUCUUCAACAGGUUCUCAGUCAAGAUCUUAACUUUGGGUCAAUGCUUAUCGAAGUUAAGAUUGAGGGAAGAGUGAAGUGGAAAGUUGGGACAUGGGUCUCCGGCCGGUACCGGUUGGGUGUUAGUUGUCCGGCUUAUCUCCGGUUUGGGAAUCCCACCGGAGGGUUACCGACGAUGGGUCCCGUCGUUAAGCUUCAGUUGUUUCAGAGAUGCCACGUGGAAACAACUCUUGGUUCUUGAUUUAAUUUAUUUGAUUUAUUAAUUAAUGUUUGUUUUUAUUUUUUAAGGAAAAGAGAAAUUAAUAUAAAUGUUUCCUUUUUUAUUAUAUUUAGCUAUUAUAGAGAAGAAAAUAUCAUUUUAAUAAAUGGUGUUAUGAAUUGUUUGGCUAUUAAUUAAUGUUUCUGUUUAUUAGUAAUACAUGGUUGUUUCUUU